UACUGUUUACUGUAUGUGGUCGUUUACUCGUUCAGACUUCAGUCGUUUCACAUUUAGUCACACAAUAUACAUCGUCAUCCACUGUAGUGUGUCGUGGAAAUUAUUUGAUUUGUCGAUAUUAUUAUUAUUACCGUUUUUCUAACGAUCUGUUUAUUUUUCUAUCGUUGACUGUAACUAGUAAAUAACUGAAUAAUUUUCGACGUGUCACCACCAAGGCUGUUCUAAAUAAUAUUCAUAAUUAAGAUUUACUGAUUUUGUAUCAUUCUUUUUAUAACGAAAUUUAUGUACCCAGGAGGUACUAAUGAAAAUAUUCAUCACGUAUUCAUCAACGACGACAACAACGAAUCAAGAUUAGAUUAGUGAGCAUGAACCACACACAGUUUACUGACAGUAGUGUGCAAAUAUUGUACGCAACUUAAUUAUUGCAAAGUAUGGACGAUGUAGACGAGCCAGACGAACGAGAAGAACUGUUCUAUAAUAAUGUUAGAGAGAAAAUAAUUUUUCUCUUGCUAUUUGUUUUGUUGCUAGCGUUGAGUUACGCCAUUAUUAAUCAUUACAGAAAACGGGACAACAUUGUUGUUUCUGUUCAAGAUGAAGAUGAUAUUACAGUUUAUAAAUAUAGUUUGUUACUUUGCACUAUUGCAUUGGCAGUUGCUGUUGGUGCAGCCCUUUUGUUACCUAUUUCGAUAGCUAGUAAUGAAGUGCUGUCUUUAUAUCCUUCCAGUUAUUACGUCCAAUGGUUAAAUCACUCACUUAUACAUGGUCUGUGGAGUUUGGUAUUUUUGUUUUCAAAUUUAUCUUUAUUUGUGUUUUUGCCAUUUGCAUUUUUAUUCAACGAAUCUGAAGGAUUCCCUGGUCAUCGAAAAGGUUUGCGAGCCAGAGUAUAUGAAACAUGUACGGUGCUUUUGUUACUUUCGAUAUUUGUUCUUGUAUUGACAUAUUUGCUGUACACAAUUUUUUAUACUGAACAAUCUCUUUUUUACAUGCUAUUCAAUUUAUGGAACAACUAUUUACCAUUCUUAUAUUCUUGCAUUUCAUUCAUUGGUGUACUUAUGCUAUUAAUAUGUACUCCAGUUGGAUUUGCUACUUUGUUUACCAUUCUAAGUCGGUUUAUGAUUAAACCACAACUACAAAAAACCACGGAUGAAGAAAUCAGCAUUUUAAGGCUUGAAGUAGAUUGUCUUUCUAGAAGGUUGGACCAAGUCACAAUAAAUGGUUUAACAUACAUGUCACCAGAACCUAUGUUGGAAGGGAAAAAACAAAAUAUAACUCGUACUGAGAAGGAGUUAUGGACACUACAGAAUGGAAAGUUAAAACGUGGACUAACUGAUAGAUUAUCAAUUCAUCAAGAAAGACUUGAUAUACUUGAAAAACAAAGAAAAAUAUCGGUAUUCCGUAAGUUAUUUUUAUAUCCAACAUUCAUGCUAUUGCUAUUAGCACUUACUGUUGUCACGGUUUUGUUAGUUGUCCAAAAUUUAAUUUUGAUACUCAUUGGCAUAAAAGCAUUACCUCUUAAUACUAGACAAUUUACUUUAGGUGUGAGUUCACUAUCCAAAUUAGGACCAUUUGGGGCUGGUUUGGAAAUAGUCAUUAUUUUAUACAUGUUAGUGGCCUCGAGUGUUGGUUUAUAUUCAUUGCCUGUAGUGUCUACAUACCGUCCACAUUUUAAACAAACACCAUUAACACACAUAGUAGGCAAUUGUACUUUGUUGCUUAUAUUAAGCUCUGCAUUACCAUUAUUAUCAAGAAUUCUAGGAAUUACAGACUUUGAUUUAUUAGCCGAUUAUGGAAGAAUUGAAUGGCUUGGAAAUUUCACAAUUGUUGCUUUGUACAAUGUUGUAUUUGCUUCAGCUGCUACACUUUGUUUGUUUAACAAGUUUACUUCAGCUGUACGAAAAGAAUUACUAUCAAGACUCAAAAGUUUUUGGAAAUGGAUAAUGGGCCGUGACUACAGUAUUACACACAUUAAUUCUAGUUUUUCAGUAGACAAUUCACCGACAAUUGCUAAAAAAAACAGUUAAGUCAUUUUAUUCUCUUUUAAAUUAUUUGUCAUUUACAUUUUCUGUUUUAUUUUUAUUUUUUAAU